CGUAUCAGUCCAUUAAUGUACUCGUUCAGUAUGUGACGAUUUCUCCUAGAAGCUGCCUGUAGCAGUGAGCGUCUCGUCAACAACGGAACAACACAUUACAACCAUCUGCAUGUCCAAGCCGCUUUGAUCGGCGCAGCAGCACUCCGCCGCAACGACCUCCGAGCCUCUAACCCUACGUGAAGCUACCGCGACCUGAACGCGCCCAACACACAAGAUGGCGUCGCAAGACCGAGGGCGGGCCAGGUCGAGCCGCAGAUUGUCGAAGAAGCGUAGAGACUCACAGAAGGAGUCGCGCAGACUGUCGCUCGAUAUACCAGAGCGCUUCAAGGAUGGGGAUGAUGCGGAGGAUGAUGUGACGGCGCCCAAGAGAAACAACACCAUGUCGAUGAACCAGUCCAUCUUCUCCAUGAUUGCCCGCGCGGGGCAGCAAUCGCAGACCGAUCUCGUGACCAUGCAGGAGGUGGACUCGGGCGACAGCGACGAGGAAGGCAAGAGGCGCCAGCCUUACCACAGCUUAGACGGCGCCGCACGAUUGAGCCGUCUGAGCUCAGCGAACGACUUCCAGCGGCGGACAGAGGAGCUGCAGGACGACAAGCCCGGGCAUGGCAAGCAACAUCGCAGGGUGUUAUCGGAGCACAAGCUGUUGCGCUCUUUGCCCAAACUGAAGAGUAGGAAGGAUGCUCGGUCAGAGGGCCGGUCUAUGGACCAGAUGUCGUCCUCUCAGCUUCUGCCCCCACGACCGCCUCCGCCAGAAUCUCCCUCUGCAAGCCAAAGCGAACGAUCGUCCAAGACGAAGCCCAAAGUGACCGCCGGCGAGGACGUGCAUGUUGAGAAGCUGAAAAGCUCAGGAAGGAGGAGUAGGCAUGGGAGCUCAGCAGGGACAAUCAAGAGCCCAGCGCCUGUCACUCUCGCGCAACGGAUACAGCAGAUAUUUGAGUUUGAAGACGUUGAGGCGGUCAUCUCGGAAUACCCCUGCUGGCUACUUCAGAGUAUCCUGCUGCAAGGGUACAUGUACAUCACGCAGAAGCACAUAUGCUUCUAUGCAUACAUACCCAAGAAACAUCACGAUGUCAGCAAGACUGGCUACCUGUUCAAGCGCGGUCGGUCCAAGUACAACAGAUACUGGUUCAUUCUACGAGGCGACGUCUUGUCCUAUUAUACGAAUCCAGCUGAGCUGUACUUUCCGCGCAACCGCAUCAACCUGCAAUACGCCAUCUCCGCCGAGAUAGUCGAGGCAAAGAAGAAGAACGAAGAGGAGACCAUAUUCACCGUUACGAUAGAUGAGCGGACGAUUCAGUUCAAGGCAGACAGCGCUGCAAGCGCGAAAGAGUGGGUGAGGUCCAUUCAGAAAGUCAUCUUUCGGACACACAACGAAGGGAACAGCGUCAAGAUCUCGCUGCCCAUUCAAAACGUAUUGGAAAUCGAGGAAAGUGCCAUACUGGAGUUUGCGAAUACUGUCAAGGUCAGAGUGAUCGAUAAUGACGAAACCUUCGCCAUCGAUGAGUACUUCUUUUCGUUCUUCAGCAAUGGCCAAGAUGCGCUUAACGUUCUACGGAUCAUGAUCAACGACAACGAGCACCACCAGGCAGUGGAGUCUCGCAAUGACGCCGAGGUCGUCACACCCACUGCUUCGCCGAAAGCUGAUCUAAAGUCACCGAGCAGUGCGGCCAUCGUCGAACCUGUUCGUGCGACUCUUUCACCACUACCAGCACCACGCGUUGGAAGGUCAAGCUUUAGUGAUGCAUCUGCUCGAUCCAGUGUGGACGCGGGUAGAAAGAGUUGGGAUGCGCGACGGAGUAUGGAUGCCAGCCGUAUGUUCCGGCGCCCAAGUCACGAGAUACGACGAAGCUUUAGUAGAGGUCGUCACGACGUACAAACGAGGAGUCGCCCCGGUGAUCGCUCACCAUUAUCGCCGAGAGCAAUGGAUACGGAAUCUGCGACUACUUCACUCGAGCGCGAUACUGAGUCUUCUGCCGCAAUACAGUCCAUAGACGAGAGCAACGUGUCCGCGUCCCAGAUCUUAAACCGGUCCGACGUGUUCCGAGCACCAGCGAACAAUUCACCUGUCACUGCUUCUGACCAAUCGGGACCACUAGCGCGGUAUUCACAAGAUACAACGCGCUCUUCUGGGCGGGGAAGACAACCACCAAAACCAACGCAACACUUGAAAAGCGACAACAACGCAAAGGCGGCGGCUGUCGCACCUGAAACAACGGAGGAUGAUGUGGAAGCGGGUCUAGCUCAACCACGGUUGUCAGGUUCAUCGUCAGCGCUCCAAGACAUUGCAUCCUAUCCCCUGAACAAAGCUACAGGCCUGGCAGGUUUUCUUCGAAACCGAUCGAAAAAGAUGGGCAACUUGCUCGCAACUGAAUCCAUGGGCUACUACGAAAAAGUUUCCGGGAUGUUGGCUGGUGGGAGCAAGCACUACAAUACCGCCGAAGGGCUCGAGACUGGCGACCAAGUGCACGGCUAUGAGGACGACGAAGAUGCAGCCAAGGCGGCGGAGAAUUUCAGGGAGCAUUUCGCCUUCCCUGAGACUGAGAUACUCCAGUCGUCCUUCUUUGCUUCACUACAGCGAGUUUUACCCAAUUACGGCAAGAUCUACAUCAGCGGAAAGUAUUUUUGUUUCCGCAGCCUGAUGCCUACAUCGAAGACGAAGAUCAUCUUGCCCAUGAAGGACAUUGAGAAUGUCAAUAAAGAGAAGGGCUUCAGGAUCGGCUACCACGGCCUCGCUAUCGUUAUCAGAGGACACGAAGAGCUCUUCUUCGAAUUCUCCAAAGCCGAUUACCGCGACGAGUGCGCUAUCACCGUGCUUCGCAUACUGGAGAACGCAAAAUAUCUGGAAGAUAGAGACUCUUCUUCCUCGGGCGUUGACAGCGACGACGAGGCGGCCAAAGCAGAGCACGAUCUUCUCCAACAAGCGCGUCAAGAUACUGCAGACGAUCCACGAGUCGAUGUAUCUAACAUAUUCCGCGCUGCUGACCACGAGCGCAUCCCGCUCAUCUUCGACGAUCCGCUUGCCUCAUUCGUCGACUUCAAGCCAGCAGAGUCGCUGAUGAUUGUCUGCCUUACCAUCGGGUCCCGUGGCGAUGUGCAACCCUACAUCGCACUAUGUAAGGAGCUUCUAAAAGAGGGCCACAGGCCGCGGAUAGCAACCCACGCUGAGUUCGAGCCAUGGGUCCGGAAGCACGGUAUCGACUUUGCGCCUGUCGAUGGCAACCCAGCAGAGCUCAUGCGAAUCUGUGUCGAGCACGGCAUGUUCACGUACAACUUCAUGAAGGAGGCGAAUUCCAAGUUCCGUGGCUGGCUCGACGAUGUCUGCAGUUCUGCGUGGCGAGCUUGUCAGGGCGCCGAUGUCUUGAUUGAGAGCCCAAGCGCGAUGGCCGGCAUUCACAUUGCAGAAGCCCUCGAGAUCCCCUACUUCCGCGCCUUCACGAUGCCCUGGACACGCACUCGAGCCUACCCACAUGCUUUUUCGGUCUUGGAAAAGAAGAUGGGCGGAGGGUACAACAGUAUCACGUACAUCACGUUUGACGCCAUCUUCUGGACUGCUAUCUCUGGUCAGAUCAACAGGUGGCGCCGUCGAGAGCUGGGGUUGCAAAACACAUCCCAAGCUAAGAUGCAGGCCAACUCUCGCCCGUUCCUGUACAACUUCAGCCCUCAUGUGGUACCUCCGCCACUUGACUGGCCUGACUGGAUCCGCGUGACCGGCUACUGGUUCCUGGACGAGGCUGACAUGUACGAGCCGCCUGCUGACCUACGGGCUUUUAUUGAGAAGGCUCGCAAGGACGACAAGAAGCUGGUCUACAUUGGCUUUGGCUCUAUCGUUAUCGAUGAUCCAGCUGCUUUGACGAAGACUGUAGUCGAUUCAGUCCUUAAGGCAGAUGUGCGCUGCGUCCUGUCGAAAGGCUGGUCAGAUCGCCUUGAGACGAAGGAUGCAUCGAAGCCCGAGAUUCCCCUGCCACCUGAGGUUUUCCAGAUCCAGGCUGCACCGCACGAUUGGCUGUUCAAGCAGAUGGAUGCUGCAGUACAUCAUGGUGGGUCAGGAACGACGGGAGCAAGUCUGCGAGCCGGUAUUCCGACCAUUAUCAAGCCUUUCUUCGGCGACCAGUACUUCUUCGCUCAGCGUGUCGAGGAUCUUGGGGUUGGUGUGUGGCUGAAGAAGGUCAACACGAGUGUCUUUAGUCGGGCACUGUGGGAGGUGACUAACAGUCAACGCAUGAUCGUAAAGGCGAAGGUGUUGGGUCAGAAGAUCCGUAAGGACAACGGCGCGCAAGUUGCCAUCCAGACGAUCUACCGCGAGCUCGACCGCGCCCGCACGCUUAUCAACAAGCACGCCAAGCAGGACGAUGACCGUACAGACGAGUUUGAUGAUGAUUGGACGAUGAUUGAAGACGGUGAAGAAGUCGACGUUGCUCCAUUUGAGGCUCAGCAGGCAGUCACAGGAAUGACUCAAGACACAUCUCGGACGGGUGGAGGCUCAUUGGUCGUGGGGAGCAUGGUAUUGAGAGGAGCAUAGAAGCGGACUUCGGAGUCUGCGAAUAGAGACUGAGCAUUUUGGGUUCGUUGAUUACAAGCAUGGCGUUCUAGGAGCAAGGAAGAUUGAUAGACAUGAACGCUUACGACACUAUGACCUAGGCACCGACUUAGAUGACUGUAAUGCCUGAUAGCUGCCUUGUGGUGGUGCACUAC